AUGUGGUCGACUUUUCCUCUUCUUCUUCUUCUCUUUUUCGUUGGAACAUCUUUUGGCCAACCGGAUGAUCCUGGAUUUCAUGAACCUUUUAUUCUAAGCAACCGUAUUCUCAGAAUGAGUGUAUUUUCUGAUGGAGAGACUCUUCAUUUCCUGAAAUCUAUGAAAAACUCAAUCGACUCCCGGAAUGAGACUUCGAUUUCUGAGCUAUUCAGUCCGGAUUUUGAGUUUAAUGGAUGCAAAAGAAUCAUCAACAAACAAAUGAUUGUAUCUCUUCUCACAAGAGCUCCUUCUGAUAAAAAGUUCUUUUACAAACUGAAAUCAUCGGACUACGCAGAAAACGGGAGAAUGAACUUCCACGUGAUCAUCGGAUGGAAUGCGUCGCCAGUUGAAGCAGAAUUUUCUUUGGCUCGAUACAAAAGACAACUGGUUUCUGGAAGAGUUUCGAAGUGCGAAAUGAAUCAAUUCGCCAGUCAAAAGAAGCCAACGGAUUGGAAUGCAUAUUCAAUUGCAAGAGUGUUUUUCGUAAAGGCUUUGAAUGCUAUCAAGAGUCAAACUGUUGAGAGGAUUUCAGCUCUUUUUGACGAGAAGUUCAGACUGAGAGGAUGUGAACAGGCGUAUCUUAAAAGUCAAGUCGUUGGAAAACUGAGUCAUCUGGUUCGCGACACUCCAUUCCAUUGGUCUAUCGUAUCCAUCCGAUCCCUCUCGGAGAGUGAGACUGAAUUAGUUGUUGAAGGAACUGCUUUCGGAUAUACUUUUCUGAAACUCGAAUUGGUCAUCUCCAGAUUCUCGUCUGUUUUGAUUCGUGGAAGAAGAAUUGAAUGUGACAGAAGAGAAUUGAAUGGGCAGAGUCAACAUUUUUUGAGAAAUCUGGAAAUCGAGAACAACCAUUUCCAUGGACUGAUUAGUCAGGAAUCAGCCAAGAAAACUGUGACAAACUUCUUGACAAAGCUGGAAAUUGCGUUCAAAUCAAAGGACACCAACUCGAUUACCAACUUCUUCAAACCAUCUUUCGUCUUCGUUGGAUGUAUGGGAACAUAUAACAGAGAGCAAUCGAUUGAGUUGAUUCAAAUGAUUCCUUCGGAUUCAAAACUCAAUUAUUCAUACAAAUCAGUUGAAGACCUCGGAGAAACUAUCAAGGCUAAUGUAUUGGCAAGUGGAUUCAAGAGUUUCCACGUGGAAUUCGAGUUCGUUUUGAACAAGAAAGAUCAACAAAUCGAGAGUGCUCGCAUGCCAGAUUGUCCAAAGAGAAGAUUCAAUGGAGUGGGUGGAGCUGAAGAGAAGGUUCAAAAGUUCCUAGGAAGAAUGGCCCGAUCAAUUGAGUCGAGAAAAUCAAAAACUAUUUCUGAAUUGUUCCAAGCAACAUUCAUUUUCUAUGGAUUCAGAGGGCCACUCAACAAAGACGAAUUCGUGGCAUCUCUUCUCCAAAUUCCAUCUGGAACCAACUUCUCCAUCACUCUGAAGUCUGUAAAGAAGAUCGGACCAUACAUCAAAUACUCUGUAUCUGCUGCUGGUUUCGGACACAAACCAUUCGAUUCCGAAUUCAUUUUGAACGACGAAAGUGAUAAACUUGAAUCUGGAAUUGCGUUGUCUUGUCAUCAUGGAUCCAGCAAACGCCGUGACUUUUUGCCACAGAACCAAGCCGAGGUGAUUGUGAAAAAUCAUUUAGUCGCGGCGAGUGAAGCAGUUCAGACUAGAAAUUCUAUUGUGAUUGGAACUAUGUUUGAUCCGAAUUUCGAGUUCGAUGGGUGCAAGGGAAACUAUACAAAACAACAAGUAGUCGCUCUCCUCAGUAGAAUUCCACCUGGAAGACAGUUCUAUUUUGCCUUCCAAUAUGCCAAAUUCCUUUCCCCACCAGACAAAAUCGAGUACUCUGUGAUUGUUUUCGGAUUCGAUUCAAGAGGAAUUCAAGCCACUUUUGUUUUGAAUAACAAAACACAAGCCCUUAUCAGUGGAAAUAUUACGGAUUGUCAGAAGAUGAGAUUUGGUGGAAAUUCUGAGUUCUUUGCUGCCUCGGAAGUUGAUGGUGUUCAAGCGAACAUUCAUCAGAAACUCUCCUCCCAGUCUGAAAUUGCUUCAAUGUACCCAAGAACUCGAGCCCAAAUGUUUCUUGAUAGACUGGCCAAAGCAGUUGCGAAGAAAGACGAAAUGACUUUUGCUCUUUUUCAGACGGAUUUCAUCUUCAAAGGAUGCGAUAGAAACUAUACCAAAUUGGAAGCAUUGAGAUGGCUCGGACAACUUCCAAGAGGAAUAAGACCUCGAUUCACUAUCAUGUCAACCGAUAAAAUGGAAGAAAUGCUCGCAAUUUCUGUAGUGGCCAGUGGAUUUGGAAAUCCUCCCAUGGAAGUUGGACUCGUUUUGAACUUGAUGAGUGAUCAAUUGGUGUCUGGACAUCGUUUGGAAUGCCCAGAUUUGGAACUCCAUUGA